CUCCGCCCCGCUUCCCUCCUUGGCCGCACGAAACCUUGCGGGGGGGACUUCGUGACGCCCUCCACGCGUUAGGCUUCCAGCUUUCUUGUUUUCCUUGCAGGUCCGACCGCCGGGAGGAAGCGGGAGGGAAGAUGCCGUCCGAGUCUUUCUGUUUGGCCGCCCAGGCUCGGCUGGACUCCAAGUGGUUGAAAACGGACAUACAGCUUGCGUUCACGGGAGAUGGGCUCUGCGGUCUGUGGAAUGAGAUGGUCAAAGAUGGAGAAAUCGUAUACACCGGGGCAGAACUCACCCAGAGUGGAGAGCUUCCCCCUAGAAAAGAUGAUGGCGUUGACCCUCAGAGUGGAACCAGGAAGGAGGAUCUGAACGACCGCGAGAAGAAGGACGGCGACUCUGUGCCCGCUCCCGCGCCCACGCCCCGGUCCCAGUCGGUGCUGCAGAGCUGGGUGUGGGGCCGGCAGCCAGAUGUGAAUGAGCUGAAGGAGUGCCUCUCGGUGCUGGUUAAGGAGCAGCAAGCCCUGGCCGUGCAGUCGGCCACCACCACCCUGUCCGCCCUGAGGCUGAAGCGGCGGCUGGCCGUCCUGGAGCGCUACUUUAUUGCCUUGAGCCGGACCGGGCUCCAGGAGAAUGCCCGUGGCAAGUGGAAGAGCAGCAGCGGUUCGCUGCCUUCUGUGGACAAAAAAAGCUCUCGGCCCACAGGCAGAGGAGUGGAAGGACUGGCGAGAGUUGGAUCCCGGGCAGCUCUGUCCUUUGCCUUCGCAUUCCUGCGAAGGGCCUGGCGGUCAGGAGAGGACGCCGACCUCUGCAGUGAGCUGCUGCAGGAGUCCCUGGACGCCCUGCGAGCUCUGCCCGAGGCCUCCCUCUUCGACGAGAGCGCUGUGUCCUCCGUGUGGCUGGAGGUGGUGGAGCGAGCGGCCCGGUUCCUCAGGUCCGUGGUGACGGGGGAUGUUCACGGAACGCCAGGCACCAAAGGGCCGGGCAGCAUCCCCCUGCAGGACCAGCACCUGGCGCUGGCCAUCCUGCUGGAGCUGGCUGUGCAGAGAGGCACCCUGAGCCAAAUGCUGUCUGCCAUCCUGUUGCUGCUCCAGCUGUGGGACAGUGGGGCGCAGGAGACGGACAACGAGCGGUCCGCCCAGGGCACCAGUGCCCCACUCCUCCCUUUGCUGCAGCGGUUCCAGAACAUGCUCUGCGGCAAAGAUGCCCCUCACACGGAGGGCGACACCCUUCUGCUGUCUGGCCCUCUGAGCCCCAACGAGAGUUUUCUCAGGUACCUGGUUCUUCCGCAAGACAGCGAACUCGCCAUCGAUUUGCGACAAACCGCCGUGGUUGUGAUGGCCCACCUCGACCGCCUGGCUACGCCCUGCAUGCCCCCGCUGUGCAGCUCUCCAACAUCUCACAAGGGGUCACUGCAGGAAGUCAUAGGAUGGGGGCUGAUAGGCUGGAAAUGCUACGCCAACGUGAUCGGCCCCAUCCAGAGUAAAGGCCUGGCCAACCUGGGCGUCACGCAGAUUGCCUGUGCGGAGAAGCGCUUCCUGAUCCUGUCGCGGAACGGCCGCGUGUAUACGCAGGCCUACAACAGUGACACGCUGGCGCCGCAGCUGGUCCAGGGUCUAGCCUCCAGGAACAUUGUAAAAAUCGCCGCGCACUCCGAUGGCCAUCACUACCUGGCCUUGGCCGCCACUGGAGAGGUGUACUCCUGGGGCUGCGGGGACGGCGGCCGGCUGGGCCAUGGGGACACCGUGCCCUUGGAGGAGCCCAAGGUGAUCUCCGCUUUCUCAGGCAAGCAGGCCGGCAAGCACGUGGUGCACAUCGCGUGUGGGAGCACGUACAGCGCGGCCAUCACCGCCGAGGGGGAGCUGUACACCUGGGGCCGGGGCAACUAUGGCCGCCUGGGCCACGGCUCCAGUGAGGACGAGGCCAUUCCGAUGCUGGUGGCGGGGCUAAAGGGGCUGAAGGUCAUCGAUGUGGCCUGCGGGAGUGGGGACGCCCAGACCCUGGCCGUGACGGACAAUGGUCAGGUGUGGUCCUGGGGGGACGGUGACUACGGGAAACUGGGCAGAGGGGGUAGUGAUGGCUGCAAAACACCCAAGCUGAUCGAAAAGCUUCAAGACUUGGACGUCGUCAAAGUUCGGUGUGGAAGCCAGUUUUCUAUCGCUCUGACAAAAGACGGCCAAGUCUACUCAUGGGGGAAAGGCGACAACCAGCGACUCGGGCAUGGAACAGAGGAACAUGUCCGUUACCCCAAACUCUUGGAGGCCUUGCAAGGGAAGAAGGUGAUUGACGUGGCUGCAGGCUCCACCCACUGCCUGGCGCUGACGGAGGACAGCGAGGUGCACAGCUGGGGCAACAACGACCAGUGCCAGCACUUCGACACCUUGCACCAGACCAAGCCGGAGCCCGCUCCACUGCCAGGGAUGGACACCAAGCACAUAGUCGGAAUUGCCUGUGGACCGGCCCAGAGUUUUGCUUGGUCUUCGUGUUCCGAGUGGUCUGUUGGCCUCCGUGUCCCUUUUGUGGUGGACAUCUGCUCAAUGACCUUUGAGCAGCUGGACCUCCUCCUGCGGCAAGUGAGCGAGGGGAUGGAUGGCACAGCCGACUGGCCACCCCCCCAGGAGGAGGAGUGCAUGGCCGUGGCGACGCUGAAUCUCCUGCGACUCCAGCUGCAUGCUGCCAUUAGUCACCAGGUCGACCCAGAGGUGCUUGGUUUGGGUCUGGGCAGCGUCCUCCUCAACAGCCUGAAGCAGACUGUGGUGGCGCUGGCCAGCAGCGCGGGCGUGCUGGGGACUGUGCAGGCGGCCGCCCAGGCCGUGCUGCAGAGCGGCUGGUCUGUGCUGCUGCCCACGGCCGAGGAGAGGGCCCGAGCACUCUCCGCUCUCCUGCCCUGCGCAGUUUCAGGCAAUGAGGUCAACGUGAGUCCUGGCCGCCGAUUCAUGAUCGACCUUCUGGUGGGCAGCCUGAUGGCUGAUGGAGGCUUGGAGUCGGCCCUAAAUGCAGCCAUCACUGCGGAGAUCCAGGAUAUUGAAGCCAAAAAAGAAGCCCAGAAGGAAAAAGAAAUUGAUGAACAGGAAGCGAACGCCUCAACGUUUCACAGAAGCCGGACUCCCCUGGAUAAAGAUCUUAUUAACACGGGGAUCUAUGAGUCUUCGGGAAAGCAGUGUCUGCCUCUGGUCCAGCUUAUACAGCAGCUUCUUAGAAACAUUGCUUCUCAGACAGUGGCCAGACUGAAAGAUGUUGCCCGUCGGAUUUCGUCCUGUCUGGACGUCGAACAGCACAGCCGGGACCGAUCUGCCUCCUUGGAUUUGCUGCUGCGUUUUCAGCGCUUACUGAUCAGCAAACUUUAUCCUGGAGAAAGUAUUGGUCAGACUGCAGACACUCCCAGUCCUGAGCUGCUGGGCGUGGGCUCCUUGCUGAAGAAAUACACGGCUCUCCUGUGCACGCACAUCGGGGACAUCCUGCCCGUGGCCGCCAGCAUCGCUGCCACCAGCUGGCGGCACUUCGCAGAGGUGGCCUGCGUCGUGGAGGGGGACUUCACCGGUGUGCUCCUCCCGGAGCUGGUGGUGUCCGUAGUCCUCCUGCUCAGUAAGAACGCGGCGCUCAUGCAGGAGGCCGGCGCGGUCCCUCUGCUGGGCGGGCUGCUGGAGCACCUGGAUCGCUUCAACCACCUGGCACCCGGCAAGGAGAGGGACGACCAGGAGGAGCUCGCCUGGCCCGGCAUCAUGGAGUCGUUUUUUACAGGUCAGAACUGCAGAAACAACGAGGAGGUGACCCUCAUUCGCAAAGCCGACUUGGAGAACCACAACAAGGACGGGGGCUUCUGGACUGUGAUCGAUGGGAGGGUGUACGACAUCAAGGACUUCCAGACCCAGUCCCUGACCGGAAGCAGCAUCCUCGCCCAGUUUGCUGGGGAAGACCCCGUGGUGGCCCUGGAGGCUGCGCUGCAGUUUGAAGACACGCGGGAGUCCAUGCACGCCUUCUGUGUCGGCCAGUACCUGGAGCCUGACCAAGAAGUCGUUACUGUCCCAGACCUGGGGAGCCUGUCUUCGCCCCUGAUAGACACGGAGAGGAACCUGGGCCUGCUUCUCGGAUUACACGCCUCCUACUUAGCCACAAGCACACCGCUGUCGCCCGUUGAGGUCGAAUGUGCCAGGUGGCUGCAGUCGUCCAUCUUCUCGGGAGGCCUGCAGACCAGCCAGAUCCACUACAGCUACAAUGAAGAGAAGGACCAGGACCACUGCAGCACCCCUGGGGGCACCCCCGCCAGCAAGUCCCGCCUCUGCGCCCACCGGCGCGCCCUGGGCGACCACUCCCAGGCGUUCCUGCAGGCGCUGGCCGACAACAACAUCCAGGACCACGAUGUGAAGGACUUCCUGUGUCAGAUAGAAAGGUACUGUCGGCAGUGCCACCUGACCACCCCCAUCACCUUCCCCCCCGAGCAUCCCGUGGAAGAGGUGGGCCGCCUGCUGCUGUGCUGCCUCUUAAAACAUGAAGACUUAGGGCACGUGGCGCUGUCUCUGGUUCAUGCCGGCACGCUCGGCAUCGAGCAGGUGAAGCACAGAACGCUGCCCAAGUCGGUGGUGGAUGUCUGCCGGGUUGUCUACCAAGCCAAGUGCUCGCUCAUUAAGACGCACCAGGAGCAGGGCCGCUCUUACAAGGAAGUCUGCGCACCCGUCAUCGAGCGCUUGAGGUUCCUCUUCAAUGAGCUGAGGCCCGCGGUCUGUAAUGAUCUCUCGAUAAUGUCCAAGUUUAAACUGCUGAGCUCUCUGCCCCGCUGGCGGAGGACCGCACAGAAGAUCAUCCAGGAGCGGAGGAAGAAGCGAGUUCCUAAGAAGCCAGAACCUACUGAUGAGGAAGAAAAAAUUGGAAACGAGGAGAGUGAUUUAGAAGAAGCCUGCCUGUUGCCUCACAGCCCCAUGAGUGUGGACAAGAGGCCCAUCGCUAUUAAGUCACCCAGGGAUAAGUGGCAGCCUCUGCUGAGCACAGUCACGGGUGUUCACAGGUACAAGUGGCUGAAGCAGAACGUGCAGGGCCUCCACCCGCAGUCAGCGCUCCUCACCACCAUCGCCGAGUUCGCCCUCAGGGAGGAGCCGGUGGAUGUGGAGAAGAUGAGGCGGUGCCUCCUGAAGCAGCUGGAGAGAGCGGAGGUCCGCCUGGAGGGGAUAGACACAAUAUUAAAGCUGGCGGCCAAGAACUUCCUGCUUCCGUCCGUGCAGUACGCUAUGUUCUGUGGAUGGCAGCGGCUUAUCCCUGAGGGGGUCGACAUAGGGGAGCCCCUUACGGAUUGCUUGAAGGAUGUCGAUUUGAUCCCACCUUUUAACCGGAUGCUGCUGGAAGUGACGUUUGGCAAGCUGUAUGCUUGGGCGGUUCAGAACAUCCGAAACAUUCUGAUGGAUGCAAAUGCCAAGUUUAAAGAGCUUGGUAUCCAGCCUGUCCCCCUGCAGACGGUCACCAACGAGAACCCUUCGGGCCCCAGCCUGGGGACGACCCCGCAGGCUCGCUUCCUCCUGGUGAUGCUCAGCAUGCUGACCCUGCAGCACGGCGCCCACAACCUCAGCCUGCUGCUGAACUCAGGCACCCUCGCCCUCGCGCAGACGGCGCUGCGGCUCAUCGGCCCCAGUGGUGACAAUGUUGAGGAAGACGGGAACGUGUUGGCCCGAGGCGCCUCUGCCACCGUCCUGGAGGAGACAAGGAAGGAGACGGCCCCCACGCAGCUCCCUGUCUCGGGGCCCGAGCUGGCCGCCAUGAUGAAGAUCGGAACCAGGGUCAUGCGGGGUGUGGACUGGAAGUGGGGCGACCAGGACGGACCUCCUCCCGGCCUCGGCCGUGUGAUCGGUGAGCUGGGAGAGGACGGCUGGAUCAGGGUCCAGUGGGACACGGGCAGCACCAACUCCUACAGGAUGGGGAAGGAGGGGAAGUACGACCUCAAGCUGGCGGAGCUGCCGGCCGCCGCGCAGCCCUCGGCCGAGGACUCGGACACGGAGGACGAUCCAGAAGCUGAGCAAUGUGAACGGAACAUGCACCCCACCGCCAUGAUGCUGACCAGCACCGUUAACUUACUGCAAACUCUGUGCCUCUCCGCCGGGGUCCACGCUGAGGUCAUGCAGACCGAGGCCACCAGGACCCUGUGUGGGCUGUUGCGGAUGCUGGUGGAAAGCGGAACCACGGACAAGACAGCCUCCCCAACCAGGCUGGUGAGCCGGGAGCAGCACCGCCGCUGGUGCUCACUGGGCUUCGUGCGCAGCAUCGCGCUCACGCCUCACAUGUGCGCCGCGCUCAGCUCCCCACCCUGGAUCGCCCUGCUCAUGCGGGUCGUCGAGGGACAUGCGCCUUUCACGGCUGCCUCGCUGCAGCGCCAGAUCCUUGCCAUACACUUGCUGCAAGCGGUGCUGCCGUCCUGGGACAAGGCCGAGCGGGCAGAGGACAUGAAGGGCCUCGUGGAGAAGCUCUUCGGGUUCCUGGGCAGCCUGCUCACCACCUGCUCCUCCGACAUCCCCUUUCUUAGAGAGUCCACUCUGCGGAGGCGGAGGGCCCGGCCGCAGGCCUCACUUACGGCCACUCACAGCAGCACCCUGGCGGAGGAGGCGGUGGCCCUGCUGCGCACGCUGCACUCCCUGGGCCAGUGGAACGGCCUCAUCAACAAGUAUAUCAACUCCCAGCUGCAGUCCGUCACCCUCAGCUGUGGGGCCAGGCCGGCCGACGGGGCCCUUCAGGGGGACUGCCUCCCGGACGCCUCGGAGAGCCCCGAGGUGGGGGGCCUCAUGGCUGUCCUGGCCGUCAUCGGGGGCAUCGACGGCCGCCUGCGCCUGGGGGGCCAGGUCAUGCACGAGGAGUUUGGGGAGGGCACCGUGACGCGCAUCACCCCGAAGGGCAAGAUCACCGUGCAGUUCUUGGACAUGCGGACGUGCCGCGUGUGCCCGCUGAAUCAGCUGAAGCCGCUCCCUGCCGUGGCGUUCAGCAUCACCAACCUGCCCUUCGCAGACCCCAUGCUCUCGGUCUGGGCGCAGCUGGUGAACCUCGCGGGAAGCAGGCUGGAGAAGAACCGGAUGAAGAAGUCGCCCAAACGGGGCUUUGCAGGACAAGUGGACCUGGACCUGCUUCGGAGCCAGCAGCUGAAGCUGUACAUCCUGAAGGCAGGCCGCGCACUGCUGUCCCACCAGGACCAGCUCCGGCAGAUCCUGGCCCAGCCUGCCGUGCAGGAGGCUGCUGUGCAGACAGACGAUGGUGCAGCUGCGUCCCCUGACCUGGGGGACAUGUCUCCAGAGGGGCCGCAGCCCCCAAUGAUCCUCCUGCAGCAGCUGCUGGCGGCGGCCACCCAGCCGUCCCCGGUGAAGGCCAUCUUCGACAAGCAGGAGCUCGAGGCUGCCGCCCUGGCUGUGUGCCAGUGUCUGGCUGUGGAGUGCACGCACCCGUCCAGCCCUGUGUUUGAAGACGGCAGCUCCAGCGAGGCCACCACGCCGGUGCCCAUGCAGCAUCUUCGCCCCGCCAGGGCCAAGAAGCGCAAGCAGUCGCCUGUUCCCGCGCUGCCCAUCGUGGUCCAGCUCAUGGAGAUGGGCUUCCCAAGAAGGAACAUAGAGUUGGCGCUGAAGUCGCUCACAGGCGCCUCUGGGAACGCUGCGGGCCUGCCAGGCGUGGAGGCCCUGGUGGGGUGGCUGCUGGACCAUGCCGACACGCAGGUCACCGAUCUCUCGGACGCAGACACAGGGUCUGAGGACUGUUCGGACGAGGAGCUGGUGGAGGACUUGGACGACAUGGCCUACGCUGUGUCUACCGGGGCUGUCGUAACCGAGAGCCAGACCUACAAGAAACGCGCCGACUUCCUGAGUAACGACGAUUAUGCCGUGUACGUGCGCGAGAACAUCCAGGUGGGGAUGAUGGUGAGAUGCUGUCGGACGUAUGAGGAGGUGUGUGAAGGGGACAUGGGCAAGGUGAUCAAGCUGGACCGCGAUGGGCUACAUGACCUCAACGUGCAGUGCGACUGGCAGCACAAGGGGGGCACCUACUGGGUGCGGUACAUCCACGUGGAGCUCGUAGGCUACCCGCCCCCGAGCUUCCCUUCUCACAUCAAGAUCGGAGACAAGGUGCGCGUCAAAGCCUCGGUGACCACCCCGAAGUACAAGUGGGGCUCCGUGACGCACCAGAGCGUGGGUGUUGUGAAAGCCUUCAGUGCCAACGGGAAGGACGUCAUCGUCGACUUCCCUCAGCAGUCUCACUGGACCGGGCUCCUGUCCGAGAUGGAGCUGGUGCCCAGUGUGCACCCCGGGGUCACGUGCGAUGGCUGCCAGAUGUUUCCCAUCAACGGGCCCAGGUUCAAGUGCAGAAACUGCGACGACUUCGAUUUCUGUGAAACGUGCUUCAAGACCAGAAAGCACCAUACCCGGCACACGUUUGGCAGAAUCAACGAGCCUGGACAGUCCGCCAUAUUUUGUGGCCGCUCAGGAAAGCAGCUGAAACGGUGCCACAGCAGCCAGCCGGGGACGCUGCUGGACAGCUGGUCCCGUAUGGUGAAGAGCCUGCACGUGUCAUCCUCCGUGAACCAGGCCUCUCGGCUCAUCGACGGCAGCGAGCCCUGCUGGCAGUCGUCCGGGUCGCAGGGGAAGCAUUGGAUCCGUCUGGAGAUUUUCCCCGAUGUCCUUGUGCAUAGGCUGAAGAUGACGGUCGACCCCGCGGACAGCAGCUACAUGCCUUCCCUGGUCGUGGUGUCAGGUGGAAAUUCCCUAAAUAACCUCAUUGAACUAAAGACCAUCAAUAUCAACCCCACCGACACCACAGUGUCCCUCCUAAGCGACUGCACAGAGUAUCACAGGUACAUCGAAAUUGCCAUAAAACAGUGCAGGAGCUCGGGCAUCGAUUGCAAGAUCCACGGCCUCGUCCUGCUGGGCCGGAUCCGCGCGGAGGAGGAGGACCUGGCCGCGGUCCCCUUCCUAGCGUCUGAGACCGAGGAGGAAGACGAGGAGAGAGGUGGCGGCGGGAGCCUCAUUAGAAAGAAGGCUGCGGGGCUGGAGUCGGCGGCCACGAUCAGAACCAAAGUGUUUGUGUGGGGCCUGAACGACAAGGACCAGCUGGGCGGCCUGAAGGGCUCCAAGAUAAAGGUCCCUUCGUUCUCUGAGACCCUGUCUGCUCUGAAUGUCGUGCAGGUGGCCGGUGGCUCUAAGAGUUUGUUUGCAGUGACAGUGGAGGGGAAGGUGUACGCCUGCGGAGAGGCGACCAACGGCCGGCUGGGGCUGGGCAUGGCCAGCGGGACAGUGCCUGUCCCACGGCAGAUCACAGCGCUCAGCAGCUACGUGGUCAAGAAGGUGGCCGUGCACUCAGGCGGCCGGCACGCCACGGCCCUGACUGUGGACGGGAAGGUGUUCUCCUGGGGCGAAGGGGACGACGGCAAGCUCGGACACUUCAGCAGGAUGAACUGUGACAAGCCCCGGCUGAUUGAGGCCCUGAAGACCAAGCGCAUCCGGGACAUAGCCUGCGGGAGCUCGCACAGCGCGGCCCUCACGUCCAGCGGCGAGCUCUACACCUGGGGCCUCGGCGAGUACGGCCGGCUGGGCCACGGGGACAACACGACACAGCUGAAGCCCAAAAUGGUGAAAGUCCUUCUGGGGCACAGAGUGGUCCAGGUCGCCUGUGGGAGCAGAGAUGCCCAGACCCUGGCUCUGACGGAUGAAGGUUUGGUGUUUUCCUGGGGUGACGGCGACUUCGGAAAACUGGGCCGGGGAGGAAGUGAAGGCUGCAACGUGCCCCAGAACAUUGAGAGGCUGAAUGGGCAGGGCGUCUGCCAGAUCGAGUGUGGCGCCCAGUUCUCGCUGGCCCUCACCAAGUCGGGAGUGGUGUGGACGUGGGGCAAAGGUGACUACUUCCGGCUGGGCCAUGGCUCCGACGUGCACGUGCGGAAGCCGCAGGUGGUGGAGGGGCUCCGGGGAAAGCGGAUCGUGCACGUGGCCGUCGGCGCCCUGCACUGCCUGGCCGUCACGGAUGCGGGGCAGGUAUACGCCUGGGGUGACAAUGACCACGGCCAGCAGGGCAACGGCACGACCACAGUGAAUAGGAAGCCCACGCUUGUGCAAGGCUUGGAGGGCCAGAAGAUCACGCGCGUGGCCUGCGGGUCUUCGCACAGUGUGGCGUGGACGACGGUUGAUGUGGCGACGCCGUCUGUCCACGAGCCUGUCCUGUUCCAGACUGCGAGAGACCCUUUGGGUGCUUCCUACCUAGGUGUGCCUUCAGAUGCAGAUUCUUCUGCCACCAGUAAUAAAAUCAGUGGUGCAAGUAACUCUAAACCAAACCGCCCUUCUCUUGCCAAGAUUCUCUUGUCCCUGGAUGGGCAUCUGGCCAAGCAGCAGGCCUUGUCGCACAUACUCACCGCGUUGCAGAUCAUGUACGCCAGGGACGCCGUGGUUGGGGCCCUGAUGCCGGCCAGCAUGAUCGCCCCGGUGGAGUGUCCCUCGUUCCCCUCCUCGGCACCCCCUUCCGAUGUGUCGGCCGCGGCCAGUCCCAUGAACGGAGAGGAAUGCGUGCUUGCUGCUGACAUUGAAGACAGACUGAGUCCAAGUCCAUGGCAGGAAAAGAGAGGGGAGAUGAUCUCUGAGGAUGCCGUGACCCCCGCCGCGGUGACGCCGUCCGCUUCCUCAGCUUCUUCUCGGCCGUUUAUCCCUGUGACCGAUGACCCGGGAGCUGCCAGCAUCAUUGCAGAAACCAUGACCAAAACCAAAGAGGAUGCUGAAAGCCAAAGUAAAGCCUCAGGCCCAGAGCCUCAGGCCCUGGAUGAGUUCACCAGCCUGCUGGUCUCAGAUGACACCCGUGUCCUGGUCGACCUGCUCAAGUUGUCCGUGUGCAGCCGGGCGGGGGACAAGGGCAGGGAGGUGCUCUCGGCUGUGCUGUCUGGCAUGGGCACUGCCUACCCACAGGUGGCAGACAUGCUGCUGGAGCUCUGCGUCACCGAGUUGGAAGACGUGGCCACAGACUCGCAGAGUGGCCGUCUGUCCUCCCAGCCCGUGGUGGUGGAGAGUAGCCACCCCUACACGGACGACACCUCCUCCAGCGGCACCGUGAAGAUCCCAGGUGCAGAAGGACUCAGGGUGGAGUUUGACCGGCAGUGCUCCACGGAGAGGCGCCACGACCCGCUCACAGUCAUGGACGGCGUCAACAGGAUCGUCUCUGUGCGCUCAGGCCGGGAGUGGUCCGACUGGUCCAGCGAGCUGCGCAUCCCUGGGGAUGAGCUGAAGUGGAAGUUCAUCAGUGACGGCUCCGUGAACGGGUGGGGCUGGCGCUUCACGGUCUACCCCAUCAUGCCGGCCGCAGGUCCUAAAGACCUCCUUUCUGACCGCUGCGUCCUCUCCUGCCCGUCCAUGGACUUGGUGACGUGCCUGCUGGACUUCCGGCUCAAUCUGGCUUCCAACAGGAGCAUCGUCCCGCGCCUGGCCGCGUCGCUGGCGGCGUGCGCACAGCUCAGCGCCUUAGCUGCCAGUCACAGGAUGUGGGCCCUUCAGAGACUGCGGAGGCUGCUGACGACGGAGUUUGGACAGUCCAUCAACAUCAGCCGGCUCCUGGGGGACAGCGACGGGGAGGCGAGAGCCUUGAGUUUUUCAGGCAGCGCUCUGGCCGCUCUAGUGAAGGGCCUUCCGGAAGCUCUGGAGCGGCAGUUUGAGUAUGAGGACCCUGUCGUGCGGGGCGGCAAGCAGCUGCUGCACAGCCCCUUCUUCAAGGUACUGGUGGCUCUCGCCUGUGACUUGGAACUAGACACCCUCCCCUGCUGUGCUGAGACACACAAGUGGGCGUGGUUCCGGAGGUACUGCAUGGCCUCCCGUGUGGCGGUGGCCCUGGACAAGCGGACGCCAUUGCCCCGGCUGUUUCUCGAUGAGGUGGCUAAGAAGAUCCGUGAGCUAAUGGCAGACAGCGAAAGCAUGGACGUUCUCCACGAGAGCCACGAUGUUUUCAGACGGGAGCAGGACGCACAGCUCGUACAGUGGAUGAACAGGCGACCCGACGACUGGACGCUGUCGGCUGGCGGCAGUGGCACGAUUUACGGGUGGGGACACAAUCACAGGGGCCAGCUCGGGGGCAUCGAAGGGGCAAAGGUUAAAGUGCCCACUCCGUGUGAAGCCCUGGCAACCCUCAGACCUGUGCAGCUGAUCGGUGGAGAGCAGACUCUGUUCGCGGUCACAGCUGAUGGGAAGCUCUACGCCACUGGGUACGGCGCCGGCGGCCGGCUGGGCGUUGGUGGAACGGAGUCGGUGUCUACCCCAACACUGCUCGAGUCCAUCCAGCAUGUGCUCAUCAGAAAAGUAGCUGUGAACUCAGGGGGAAAGCACUGCCUGGCCCUCUCCUCAGAAGGGGAGGUCUACUCCUGGGGCGAGGCAGAAGACGGGAAGCUCGGGCACGGCAGCCGGAGUCCCUGUGACCGCCCUCGUGUCAUUGAGUCUCUGAGAGGCAUCGAGGUGGUGGACAUUGCUGCUGGCGGAGCCCACAGCGCCUGCGUCACCUCAGCUGGCGACCUCUACACAUGGGGCAAAGGCCGGUAUGGCCGCCUGGGGCACAGCGACAGUGAGGACCAGUUAAAGCCCAAGCUGGUGGAGGCCCUUCAGGGCCACCGUGUGGUCGAUGUCGCCUGUGGCAGUGGAGAUGCCCAGACCCUGUGCCUCACAGAUGACGACACCGUGUGGUCCUGGGGUGAUGGGGACUAUGGCAAGCUCGGCCGGGGAGGCAGCGAUGGCUGUAAAGUGCCCAUGAAGAUCGAUUCUCUCACGGGCCUCGGCGUGGUGAAAGUAGAGUGUGGGUCCCAGUUUUCUGUUGCCCUGACCAAGUCCGGCGCUGUCUACACUUGGGGCAAAGGUGAUUACCACAGGCUGGGCCAUGGAUCCGACGACCACGUGAGGAGACCACGGCAGGUGCAGGGGCUGCAGGGUAAGAAGGUCGUCGCUGUCGCCACCGGCUCCCUGCACUGCGUGUGCUGCACAGAGGACGGCGAGGUUUACACGUGGGGCGACAACGACGAGGGACAGCUGGGGGACGGAACAACAAACGCCAUCCAGAGGCCCCGGCUGGUGGCUGCCCUGCAGGGGAAGAAGGUGAACCGCGUGGCCUGCGGCUCGGCCCACACCCUGGCCUGGUCGACCAGCAAGCCUGCCAGCGCGGGGACGCUGCCUGCCCAGGUGCCCAUGGAGUACAACCAUCUGCAGGAAAUCCCCAUCAUCGCUCUGCGGAACCGGCUGCUGCUGCUGCACCACCUGUCCGAGCUCUUCUGCCCCUGCAUCCCCAUGUUUGACCUGGAGGGCGCCCUCGACGAGACCGGCCUCGGGCCUGCCGUGGGCUUUGACACCCUGCGGGGCAUCCUCAUAUCCCAGGGAAAGGAGGUGGCGUUCCGGAAAGUGGUACAAGCAACCAUGGUGCGAGACCGCCAGCACGGCCCUGUGGUGGAGCUGAACCGCAUCCAGGUCAAACGUUCUAGGAGCAAAGGCGGCCUUGCAGGCCCCGACGGCACCAAGUCUGUCUUCGGCCAGAUGUGCGCCAAGAUGAGCUCCUUCAGUCCCGACAGCCUGCUCCUGCCUCACCGUGUCUGGAAGGUCAAGUUUGUGGGUGAAUCUGUGGACGACUGUGGAGGUGGCUACAGCGAGUCCAUCGCGGAGAUCUGUGAGGAGCUGCAGAACGGACUCACCCCCCUUCUGAUAGUGACGCCCAAUGGCAGGGACGAGUCAGGGGCCAACCGCGACUGCUACCUGUUCAGCCCAGCAGCCAGGGCACCUGUGCACACCAACAUGUUCCGCUUCCUAGGUGUGCUGCUGGGCAUCGCCAUCCGCACCGGGAGCCCCCUGAGCCUCAACCUGGCCGAGCCUGUGUGGAAGCAGCUGGCGGGGAUGAGCCUCACCAUCGCCGACCUCAGUGAGGUGGACAAAGACUUCAUCCCUGGGCUCAUGUACAUCCGAGACAACGAGGCCACCUCGGAGGAGUUUGAGGCCAUGAGCCUGCCCUUCACCGUGCCCAGUGCCAGUGGCCAGGACGUCCAGCUGAGCUCCAAGUACACACACAUCACCCUGGACAACCGUGCGGAGUACGUCCGGCUGGCCAUGAACUACAGGCUCCAUGAGUUUGACGAGCAGGUGGCUGCGGUUCGGGAGGGGAUGGCCCGCGUUGUGCCUGUGCCCCUGCUUUCUCUGUUCACUGGCUACGAGCUGGAGACGAUGGUGUGCGGCAGCCCGGACAUCCCCCUGCACCUUUUAAAGUCGGUGGCGACCUACAAAGGGGUGGAGCCGUCUGCGCCCCUGAUCCAGUGGUUCUGGGAGGUGAUGGAGUCCUUUUCCAACACCGAGCGCUCCCUCUUCCUGCGCUUCGUGUGGGGCCGCACCCGGCUGCCUAGGACCAUCGCCGACUUCCGGGGCCGAGACUUCGUCAUCCAGGUGCUGGACAAGUACAACCCCCCGGACCACUUCCUCCCCGAGUCCUACACGUGCUUCUUCCUGCUGAAGCUGCCCAGGUACUCCUGCAGGCAGGUGCUGGAGGAGAAGCUGAAGUACGCCAUCCACUUCUGCAAGUCCAUCGACACGGACGACUACGCCCGCAUCGCGCUCACGGGCGAGCCGGCGGCCGAGGACAGCAGCGAGGACUCCGAGAACGAGGACAUGGACUCCUUUGCCUCGGACUCCACCCAGGACUACCUGACGGGGCACUGAGAGGGCGCCCGGCCGUGGGGCGUGGGCGGGAGCGUCCCCCGGAUGCCAGGCGCGGGACUGUGGCUCGGCUGAGACGCUGACGGGAUGUCAGGAAUCUUCCUGCACGCGGCGCCGUGGACACAGACGCUCAUCGAGAUGAAGGGUCCCCCCGUGACGCUGCGUCACCUUGUGCUUGUGUUUACUGGGAUGUACAUGUGUGUAAAUACUGACUCGAGCCCCCCGAACGAAUAAAUGCCUCUCUACCUGGGUAUGGUGCCGUUUCCUUCCUCCAGGUCUGUGCGUUGUCUGGAUUGUACGUUGGAAACGCUGUGUAACCAUCGACUUGCAUUAUAAAUACUUUGUUUUACUCUGACUUUAUUAAAUUCUUUUUGAACCUGAA